CAAUUGUUAACUUGGAUUAACUCCUUUUACAAGCAUACCCCACAAUCAGUCGUCUACACAUAAUUCAACUGCUCUGUGGAGAUAGUGUCACCCCCACAAAUACCAAUAAUGGAUCCCUCGGUCUCCUCAUUCAACCCACUUCUCGACCUUUUGCUUCCGCACAUCCCUCAAUCGGCUGCCCUACCAGACCCGGCCGUUUCAACACAAUACUUCUCCCGGAUAUCUUCACUUGCACUCACCUCAAUUGUGGACUCCGAACCAGCAUCGUUAUCAUCUUCUUUACACUCCCUAAACCUCUCGCUACAAUCCCUCUCAUCACGGUCUCACAAGUCCAUCAUAGCCGCUUCUAACCACCUCUCAGCGGUCCCCCAAUCCAUCCAGUCGCUUCACUCCUCCCUCACUACACUCGAGAACAGCCUGCCUGCGAUUGACUCUGAAAUAACAAGCUUUACCACAAAUUUUAGUCGAGACGGGACAUACCUAACUAACCGCUCAAGAACCCACCUCCUCUCCAAAAACCUGGACAGACUCUUGGACAUUCUGCAACUCCCAGCGCUCCUCCAAUCCCUAAUCUCUACAUCCUCGUACCCAACAGCGCUCGACCUUCUAGCUCAUGUCCGAAGACUACAUUCGCUAUACCAUGACUCGCCAACAAUCGACUCGGUCUACGCAGAAUGCGAAACGCUACAAAAGUCCAUGACCGCAAAUCUGAUCAGCACCCUCCGCGGUCCAUUGAAGCUCCCGACAGCAAUGAAAACGAUCGGCUUCCUCCGCCGCUGUGGUACCAAAGAAGCCGUAAUGGAUGAACGAGGUCUGCGCGGACUAUUUCUUGUCUGCAGACUCGCAUUUCUCUCUGGCCUCCUCAGCGCCUUAGACCCGCUCAAGGAACUAGCUGAAGAAGAGCGGGAGCGCCGACAAAAUGGCGGAGACGAAAAUACUUCCUCAACCGAUACUACAACAACCACAACACCUAGUAGUUGGGGUGGCGGCACGCAGACAGAGCGCUACUUAAAACGCUGGAUAGAAGUCUUCCGAGAGCAGAGUUUCGGUAUAGUUUCCAUGUACAAGAGCAUCUUCCCGAACGCUCUCCCCGCCGCGAACCCGGACCCCCCACCACCGAGUUCUCCGCAUCCACAUUCGCCGAUAAUGAGCUCUGUGGGGAUAGGGAUCCGCAGUAGGAGCAGUUCAACCCUAUCGAACAUGAGCUCCAGCGCGAAUGAUGAUGAUCCUGAAGGUGGCCAGGCUCCAGAUCCGCUGGCAAGCUUUGUGUUGCAUUUGUUGUCGCUCUUGACCGAGACGCUGGGGAGGUACCUGAAGACUAUUGAGGAGAGGAGUGUUCGGGAGAGUUUGCUUACGCAGGUGCUGUACGCUGCCGGGAGUAUGGGAAGACUGGGUGGGGAGUUUGGGGCUAUUCUGGGCGUUAUUGAGUGUUUUGGCAUGGGAGAUGGGGAACGGGAGGAGGGAAAGGAUGGGGAUGGAGAGGAAGAGGAGUGGGUAGGGGUUGUAGCGAAGCAUAAAGUUCUGGCAAGUAGGCUGGAGACGUUGGCUGGAAGGGGAUAGCUUUGGUUUGAUGGGGUCUCCUCGAGGCUGUUUCUCCUGGUGGCUCAAUUGCUGCCCCUCAUAUUGGG